AUUUAUAUAUAUAUAUAUAUAGAGAGAGAGAGAGAGAGAGAGAGAGAGGGACUCGAAGAUAUAUAUGAUUCGAUAUAUUUUCUGGGUUUCUUCGGAGUUCGAAGUUUAGAGAUUGAAGUUUGGGCUCUGCAGCUUGAAUCUAUUUGAUUGAAAGUGAUACAGAGGUUGGUCUUGAAGCAAAUCAAAGAUGGGUGGAUCAAAUGAGAACAAUGGACCUGCUGCCAUUAAACCCUCAGACUCUCAAGAAGGUUCAAGAAUGGUGGGAUUUCAGAGGUUUCAGCAGCAGAAGUUAAAUAACCGCAGAAGGGCUCUCAGCAAUAUAAAUCAGAAUAUUUUAGGACCUACCAACUACCCUUAUGUGGUCAACAAAAGAGGAUCCUUGGAGAAGGAUGUAAAGGGGGAGAAGAAAACUGUGGUGCCACCACCCGGACCAAUUACAAGGAAGUCUGCAGAACAUAAGGAACUAACCGCGACAUCAUUGAAUCCAAAUGGGAUGGAAGAUUGUGCAAUCACAGACAUGGGACAGUGUGAGGAAGCUACUUAUGAUCUGGUCCCAAUUUUUGUGAGGCACACAGAGGCCAUGAUGGAUGAAAUUGAUCGGAUGGUGGAGGUUGAAAUGGAAGAUGUUGAUGACGAUGAUGACACAAUUCUAGAUAUCGACAGCAGUGAUAUCAAAAAUCCUCUUGCAGUUGUUGAGUACGUUGAAGACAUAUAUGCUCACUACAGAGAAACUGAGGACUCUGCUCGUGUCUCUCGAAAUUAUAUGAUGCGUCAAUUUGACAUCAAUGAGAAGAUGAGAGCCAUACUCAUUGAUUGGCUUAUUGAGGUGCACUACAAGUUUGAGCUCAUGGAGGAGACAUUGUUCCUCACUGUCAAUCUUAUUGACAGGUUUUUAGAGCAUGAAACUGUGGUCAGAAAGAAGCUUCAGUUAAUUGGCGUGACAGCUUUGCUUUUGGCAUGCAAAUAUGAGGAGAUUUCUGUACCACUUGUGGAGGAUCUAGUUAUCAUAUCAGAUCAGGCUUAUACGAGGAAGGAAGUUCUGCAUAUGGAGAAGCAAAUGGUGAAUGCACUGCAAUUCAACAUGUCAGUUCCAACCCCUUACGUUUUCAUGAGAAGAUUUCUCAAGGCUGCUCAAUCUGACGAAAAGCUUGAGCUUCUGUCCUUCUUCAUUGUUGAACUCUGCCUUGUGGAGUACGAAAUGCUCAAGUUCCCACCUUCUUUGCUGGCUGCAGCAGCCAUUUUCACUGCUCAGUGUAGUCUUCACAGGUCUAAGCAGUGGACUAAAUCUGUUGAGUGGCACACCAACUACUCAGAGGACCAGCUUAUGGAUUGCUCGCGACUGAUGGUUACUUACCAUCAGAAAGCUGGAACAGGGAAACUCACUGGCGUAUACAAGAAAUACAAUUUGUGCAAGUUUGGGUGCAUGGCUAAAGCUGAACCAGCUCAAUUCCUCUUGGAUCUUUAG